CACAGUUCAGUUUGAAUUGGGAAUAAUUCGCGUAAGGCUGAGAAGCUUUAUAUGGCAGCUCGGCAGGGGUUUUUUCGGUAAAAGCCACCCACAUGUGUGUACAUGUGUCUAUACUUACACACAUGCGUAGAGGAGAAUUUUCCUAGCCAAAAAGUUGUUGGAGGAACACCAGAUUUCCAAUCACCUAGAGAUCCGUUAAAUGCAAAAAUGUUCAUAAUUAUAGUACCAAAAGAAAAUUUGGUUAAUAUUUUAAAAAUUUAAAAGAAAAAGUGAAACAUAUUAUAAAGUAGAUUCCAAGUUGAUUAUUGUAUGUUGAGUGUUUGUGUAUUAAAAAAUAAUACUACAUGUUUUAUGUGAAGAUGUAGCUCAGAAACCUGGUUCCGUUUAAGAUGCUUUUGCAUCUUCUUCUGAUUAAGGAAUGGAAUCAAUUAAUCACAUAAUUGAUCCGCGGCCAACAUAUAGCCAGGAUUUAGUUGAAAAUGCCACAGAGUUUAUGAACGAACAUCAGUCACAGUCACAUCAAGAAGGAGGAGGUCCUGGUUCUGGAUCUGAACUUGAUGCAGAUGAGGUUCUGUCAAUACAAACAAUGAUUAGUGAAAAAAAACAACGUUCCAGGCCAGAUUCGGCUGCUGUUGUCAUGGUUAUCGAUGAAAUGGAUAGGCAGACGACAACAUAUCAAAUAGUGCCUCAUGAACAACUGCAGCAAUUGCAGCAACCAAGAACUAUGUCCUUUGGAAUUGUUCAACAUGAUCUGCACCAUGAACAGCCCAUGAUCGACAACAGUCCCGUGGACUCUUUUGUGGCCUCCGAUAUAAGCUUGGAUGGAUUGACAGUGGAUGCAAUCAGCCAGGCGGCAAUUCUUCCCCAAGAAUUGACUACAGUUAAGCCAGACGCAAUGAGCAAGUUGCUUAUAGUUCAAACCAAGUCUGGAAUGGAUCCAGCUAAUAAUAAGCGUAUAAAGAUGCAUGUUGACUUAUCGAGUGCAAAUGUUGGACUCGGAGCUAACGUCGAUGACGUGGAUGAGAUUUCAUCCGAUGGCGAUAACUGUGACGAUGUAGGAGUAACAUUAAAUCAGCAUCAUCAUCAGCAGCUAUUGGAUGGUCACCAGCAGGUGUUCAGCCUGGCCAGCCAUCAUCAUCAACAUCAACAUCAUCAGCACCACCACCACCUUCAUGCCCAUGGUCACGGCCAAGUAAUUCUUGGUUUGCAGCACAAUAGAUCCGGUCAGCUGGAUAUGGGACAUGGAAUGGCAGGUGGGGUUAUUGUCACUUCCCAAGAUAGUGAAAAGGACGCGGAUGAUGAAGAUGAUAAUGGCAAUGGAGAUCCGGAUGGGGACGUUGAGGAUGAAGAUGAUGAUGAAAUACGAAAUCGUGGCCAGUUGAUUAGCCAAGGUUCUUAUCAGACACUUACAUCGGUUAAUGAUCGUUUAUCGCCGCCUGGCUUUAGUCCAACAUCGUAUGCGACAUUGACACCCAUCCAACCCCUUCCGCCCAUAUCAACCAUGUCGGAGAAAUUCGCCUAUUCCGGUCACAUUUCUGGAAGCGGCGAUAGCGGCGAUAACACAGAUGUCACUGGAGUAGAAAGAGGUAGAGAGGAGGCCAUUACCAAUGCCUCAUCGGAGACUGAAGUUGAAGGAGGUAAUAGUAGUGGUAUUGGUAAUGGGACAGCCUCCGAAUGCAACUCGUACUCUUCUGCCUUACCCUUGACCAUGAGUGGCGGUCAUCAUCAUCUUGGAUUAGGCGUCUCACCGUAUUCCUCAUACGAAAAGCUAACGUCUAUGAUUUCACCACCACCUAAUAAUUAUCUGGUUUCAUGUGACCUGCAUUCCGCCACCGUUGUUACGUCGUCUGGAAGGAUGCCAAAUCCAUCCCAGCUGGAGGAGCUGAGCCAUAAUGGACACAAAAAGGAUUCGGCGACGCAAGAGAAUUCUGAUGACAAUGUGGGAGGAGGAAGUGGAGAAGAAAAAUUCACUUACUCCGGCCACAUCUCUGGUGGUGGAGAUAGUGGCGAUACUGACAUCCAAGGUGAAAAGUUCGCUUACUCUGAUCAUAUCUCUGGUGGAGAUAGUGCCGACACUGAUGUUCAUGGGGAAAAGUUUUCUUACUCUGAUCAUAUUUCUGGAGGCGAUAACGUUUCUGAUGUCAACGGAGGAACGUCUUGGGUGCAUUUGGCUUCAGAGCGGGAGUCACGACUUCAUAUGCCGUCAGAACACAGCCUGGAGGACCGAUUUCAUUUGGCGUCCGAACGAAAAACGCGACUUAACAUGGCGGCACAGGAGCGGACGACGGCGACGCGCUUGCAAAUGCCGCGUCACCUGCAUCAUCAGGCAACAGCCGCUGCUGUUUCUUCAAUCUGUACUACAGAUUGGAAACCAGAUGAAGAUUGGAAGCAUGGAUCUAAUUCAAUUCUACCCGUGGUUGUGUCCCUAACACCGACACCACCGCCACCGUCCAUAACAGAUGUUGAUAGAGCAUCAACCGUGCCACUUAAGCUGAGUGGUCGUAUGUCCCCAGGAAACCAAAGAUCACAGCAAUAUUUUUUGGACAAGAGCCAGCAGCAAGAGAUUGGAGGAGCAACGGAUAACGUUAUCGCGGACUCCUCCGUUUGUGGCAUUCAACAGUCAAGUCUUUUAAAUGGAUUUCAAAAUAUUCAACAGCAAUGUGCAAAGAUCGCCAUCUCCGCGUCGCCCAAGAACGGAGGAGGAGGAGGAGGAGGCGCUGGAGGAUCAUCUAGCCGGACUAGUGGAAACUCCACAGACAUGGAGGAGAUCAAUACCAAGGAUCUGGCACAGCGUAUUUCAGCAGAGCUCAAACGAUACAGUAUCCCACAGGCAAUUUUUGCUCAACGUGUCCUAUGCCGAUCGCAAGGCACCCUGUCCGAUCUCCUACGCAACCCAAAGCCAUGGUCAAAGCUUAAAUCGGGUAGGGAGACCUUCCGGCGAAUGUACAAGUGGCUGCAAGAGCCGGAGUUCCAACGGAUGUCGGCACUGCGUAUGGCGGCGGCUCAAAUUCCACAACGUAUGACGCCUUUGGGCUCUGGUAACACUGCUGCGACUGGACUACUAGGUUCAGUUGGAACCGGAACGGGAACUAACGAUAACCGAGACGUAAUGACAACGGAUGCGGAUCCCCAUGGGGGCCCAUUACCUAUGUCACCAAGAGCUGCGCUUACUGAAUCUGUGUCUACAGUACGAUCUGCAGUUGGCCCUAAUCUCCCGGUCUCCUCCAAUGUCGCCGCCAAUUGUCGACGAAAGGAGGAGCCGCAGAUCGAGCAAAUGCCUCAGCCGAAGAAGCCACGCCUGGUUUUUACCGAUCUACAGCGACGAACAUUACAAGCUAUUUUUAAAGAAACCAAGCGACCUUCAAAGGAGAUGCAAGUGACUAUAGCCAGGCAGUUGGGGUUAGAGCCCACCACGGUGGGUAAUUUCUUUAUGAAUGCAAGAAGGCGAUCGAUGGACAAGUGGCGUGAUGAUGAUUCAAAAAAUAACUCAAAUAUGCAGCAUGUCAUUCAAAAUCGUCAGCAGCAGGCACAAGAUGAACAAGAUGAGGAUCAUAGUCAGACGCCUAAUCAUAUUCACAAUCAGAACCAUAAUCCUAGUCAAAGUCUAUCGCACGAUAACUACUCGAGUCUCCAUACGACAGCAAUGUCUCCUCUAGGCGCUUUUGAUGAAGAUGCCGAUAUGGAUUUGGAGUUGGAAAGUCAUGAUUUCGAUUUGGUCGAUCCCGACCAUCAGGCUGAUAAUAAUAAUGAUCGCCAUGGUGAUAUGUUGUGACAGCAUAACCUAUCUGAGCACCGCCACACACCGAAGAAGAUGAAUUCUCUCCGAGGUACAGUCACGCACUUGAGUCCUAGUAAAUCGAGAGAGAGAGCAAAUCAGGUCUUGGUAAGCCGAAAAGUUGCAGGUAAUGUUCAUAACAGCGAGGACGAUAAGGAUGAAACCAAGCUUAAACUAGAAGAUAAGCCGCAAUGGUCGCAAAACCUGCGACGCAAUAUUGACGGGAACAUCUGUGUGGAUGAUAUGAUGGGAAUAUCCGAUUAUUUGGAUGAUCUUAAACUAAUGAUAGUCUGCUGAAAAAACACAAAAAUGGCAUACUUAACAGCAACCCUUAUUAAACUUGUCUGCUAUAUUUAUCUAGGUACAACAUGUACUACUAGUUGUAUCCAAGUUUUAUAUAACACAAUAACCUUACUUGACUUAGUUGUAUUAAAUUUUUUUGUGUUAAAGAAAUGUAUACAAUUUUUGUCCAAUUAUUGCAAAAUACGUAGCCAUGUUAUGCCACAAUAAUGUUUCAAAUAGCUUUAUAAUUUAAUUAUGCUCGUUGAUUUGAAUUUUUGUUGUUUUUUUUCUUUAAAUUUAUUACGGUUGAUUUUUAAGUUACCAAAGCUUUCAUUUCUUCAGUAUUUAAUUUACUAUAUUUAUACAAUAUAUAUUCUUGGUCAUCAUCGACAGCUGAUCUAGCCAUACCCACUAUUAUCCAAACUACAAUCGUUUAAUAAGCAUGAGAGUUAUUAGACAAUAAAGUUUCUGUUGAACUUCUGCAACAUUUACUUACGUGUUGUCACCAUCAAUGGGUGUUCCACCAACAUUUGCCUUAUUUUGGUGCUUUAACCAUUUUUUUCAUAUUGCCAUAUCCGUGUUCCUUUCAUUUCCCCCAAAAUACUUUGGCCACCGGUUACACAGUCGGUCACAGUCGACCACACUUCACUGUAGCUUUCCACCUAUACAACAUAUUCACGUAAAAUCUAAGACAUACUUGCUUUUUGUUCAUUUUUGUGUCAUCCGAAAUGGAUCUAUUUGCAAUGGUCCAAUUGAAAAUUUCAAGGGUAUGCAAACUUCGGCGUCCCGAAGGUAAAGUCCUUUAUAGUUACGUACAUUUUGUUUAUAAUUUCUACUUGCAUUUGCACAGCAAAUAAUAGCGUAUAUAUAUAUAUAUAUAUAUAUAGCACUGGCUAUUAAGGUUUGGCCGUAGGCGAAAAUGUAAAGAGUUUGGUAUAAAAAAGGCAGUGUAUAUCUAUGUAGAUACAUUUAGAACAAAUACAAUUAAUACAUCAUAAAAAUAAUAAAAAAAUUACUAAAAAUUAAGUCAUAAACUUAUUGUGUAUCUAGUCAAAUUUAUAAAUUACUCAUGUAAUAACCGAAGGGAAUAUUAAUAAUAAUAUGUAUUAUUCUUAAAAAUAGUAAUUACAACAUUAAUAUAUUUAAAUUAGCAUCUUUAAGCCAGUCUAAAAUGGCUGAAAGAUGAAAGAAUACAAAAAAUAUAAAUAAUAAAAAAAAAACAAAACCAUGUUUUGUUAAGUUCUGUGUAUACAAUUAAAUUUAUAUCAAAGAAAGAAAUAUUUAAUAAUGAAAUAAACUGUAAAUAACUGUAUGAAAUCUUCAUUAUUUCAGACACCAAACCUUUUAUUUAAUAAUAUAUCAAAUAGCUCUUUCUAACCCCAAAUAACUAUGUUUAAUUCUUUAUACGAUAUAAGAAAUGUUAUGAAAAAUACUCUUUGGCAUUAUAUUUAUGCACUAUAUGUUAAUCGAAUAGGAUUUAUUAAAAAUAAUAACACCACUCGAUGUAUCCUAGUCAAUUUAGCUUAAAUACAAUUAAGAAAUGUAAUUCAAAUGAUGUAAGGAUGGAGUAUAUGUUCACCUCUUUAGGCACAUUAAUAUAGGUUAAGAUAUCUAUGUAAAAAAACAAAUCAAGUAAAUGCAAUAAUAAAAUAUAGGCAAAGUCAUUAUGUAAGGUUAUCUUAUCUUAUCUGUCUAUGUUGCCUUAUAAGUAUACUUACGCAGUAAACACAUUUAAAAAUAGCUGAACUA